AGAAUUAACCGUACAUCGAACCCUGUGAGGAAUUAUCCAAAACAGUUGGUGUAAUCCACUUGACCACGCAACUGUAGCGUAGUUUCCGAUCACUUCCGGCGGCGACCCGCGAUUUCCUAUUCCCAACCCCACAUCAAACUAUUCCGGUUUCCCCAAACGGAAAACUGCUGAAAAAAUCUUUCCAUUUCGAGGUGUUUUAGGUCUUGAAUAUAAGGUUCUCCCCUUAUGUGCAUAAAGAUUGUUUUUUUACUGGAAUUUCUUCCUUAGUUUUCAACAAUGGCGGCUGCUAGCUCAUUGCUGUUGCCCCGUGAAAUGGGGAUUCAUGGGAAAUAUGGCUACAAUUGCCCAUCUAAGGGCAUGUUUGAUAAGAGCCAGAUACAUUCAUCUACUUCGUUUCUUUCAUCACAUUUUUCGCGGCAGGACUUUUGGAGUGUCCACCUACUGAACUGUGUACGGCCUUUAUGUCUCAGUCCUGUAUAUAGUAGACAUAAUAUUUUCCUUUGCCAGUCCAUAUUAAAGCCUACUGGAGGCUUUGAUGUUUCUGUUCUCAAAACAGCCGCUUCGAUAUUGACAAGUUCAUUUAAUGCCCUGCACGGAAGCCCCCUUGUGCAUAAGUUGGCUCCAGCUGUUGGCGUAAUUGCAUUUGCUGCUUGGGGUCUCAGCCCACUCAUACGUUUUGGCUGGAUUCUUUUCCUUCAUAAGAGUGAUAAUAAUUGGAAAAACAGUAACACACAUUAUGUUGUGACAUCUUAUCUUCAACCUUUGUUGCUAUGGGCUGGAGCUACACUUAUAUGCAGGACGCUAGACCCAGUAAUUUUACCUUCAGUCCGAGCACAAGCUGUCAAGCAAAGGCUUUUAACUUUUAUACAGUCAUUAUCUACAGUAGUCUCUUUUGCCUAUUGUUUAUCAAGCUUGAUUCAGCAAACACACAAAUUUUUUGGAGAGACAAAAGACUCAAGUGAUGCAAGAAAUAUGGGAUUUGAGUUUGCAGGAAAAGCUGUGUAUACAGCUGUAUGGAUUGCGGCUGUGUCAUUGUUCAUGGAGCUGCUUGGAUUUUCCACGCAAAAGUGGCUAACUGCUGGGGGUCUUGGUACUGUAUUGCUCACUCUUGCUGGUCGUGAGAUAUUUACAAAUUUUCUUUCAAGCGUAAUGAUCCAUGCGACAAGGCCUUUUGUUCUGAAUAAUUGGAUUCAAACAAAGAUAGACGGUUAUGAAGUAUCUGGUACAGUCGAGCAUGUCGGCUGGUGGUCGCCAACGGUCAUAAGAGGUGAUGAUCGUGAAGCAAUUCAUAUUCCAAAUCAUAAAUUCACGGUAAACGUGGUUAGGAAUCUUACCCAGAAGACUCAUUGGCGUAUCAAGACUCACCUUGCUAUCAGUCACCUGGAUGUGAAUAAGAUCAAUAAUAUUGUUGCUGACAUGCGGAAAGUUUUAGCCAAAAACCCUCAAGUGGAACAACAAAGAUUACAUAGACGAGUUUUCCUCGAUAAUAUUGAUCGAGAGAAUCAGGCUCUUUUGAUCAUGGUGUCUUGCUUUGUAAAGACUUCACAUUUUGAAGAGUACCUUCGAGUCAAGGAAGUCGUAUUGCUGGAUCUUCUUAGAGUUAUCAGUCAUCAUCGUGCUCGCCUUGCCACGCCUAUCCGCACCGUGCAGAAAAUAUACAAGGAGGCCGAUGUGGAUGAAGUGCCGCUUGCUGAUUCUGUUAUCACUGUUAACCGUGCUAACCACCCGUUCCUCCUGAUUGAGCCUUCUUAUAAAAUUAAUAGCAGCGAGGAUAAGCCCAAAGCGGCCACGCCUCCAAGACCUAACCAAGAAAAAGACGGGAAAUCUGAGGUGCAGACGGCUUCCAAGGCUGACGGUUCCCCGCCAAUUCUCGAUGGCAACAGAAUAGAUACUCGCGGCUCUUCGGGGUCUAGUGCUGACACCGAAGCGGGAGUAGCGACCUCGGAAUUGGAUGGCAAAACGCCAAACACUGGCUUUCCCGAUUCAGUUCAAAGUAAAAACGAGAGGCAGCAAGUUGACAAGGUGGGUCCCGGGGAGCCAUUGGUAAGUUCAACAGGAUUGGAAUCUUUCCCGGAAUUGAGCCCCGAGAAGAUAGAUGCGCCUUCGGGUGUUCCACAGGCAAAACAAGACGGUGAAAGACCCGCCCCAGCGCCAUCUCAGGCAGUGGCGAGGCCAACGCUAGAGGAAAACAUACUUCUUGGCGUUGCACUCGAAGGAUCAAAGCGCACGCUCCCGAUUGAAGAAGAAAUGACUCCAUCCCCUGCAGCUGCAGAGUCGAAGGAGCUGGCCGGCUCCGCCUGCCGGAAUGGGAACAGCGCGACGACUGCCGCCACCACCAGCGGCGGCAAAGAUAAGAAGGAUGACGCCGGAGUUCAAAGCUCCCCGAGCGAUUCGAAAGAAUGAUAAAGGAGUGAUUUGAGUGUGCGCAAUAAUGCAGUAAGGCCAUGUUUUUAGCGCCGGCAUUGUGCACUUGUAGAGUCGUACAUGUUACCAAAGUUCCACUGUUGUACUGUAAAACAAGAAUCUGCCACCAUUAAAGUAUUUAAAUUGGUCAAUGAAAAUUGUGCUUCUUAUUUCAGUUUGA